CGCUGUCCACUUAAUAGUGAGUUCCACCCAGAUUAUCGUUUAUAUAUAAAGAAAAAGAAAAAAAAAAAUCACACAGAUUCCCAACGCACCGAUUUAAACGGAAGAAAGUGAAUCUGGUUUCAGUUUCCAAUUAACUGCUUCAUCUCCAGAAGGGCCAAGGUUCACAGAAAAAACAGAGGACGAAGAGCUUAAACAUAGCAUAAUGCAUAAAUCCUUGAUCGUUUCAAUCUAUGUUCUUUACGCUCUCUUCCUUCCAUUAGGCAUGCUAAAAUGUGUUCUUGGCGAAGAAGGGUUCUGUUCUGCCCCACCUGCAUACGCUGAUUCAAGCUCGCAACCUCUCUAUUGGAAAGUUACCAAUCCUACACUUUCCCCCGAACACCUUCAAGACUUACCGGGUUUUACUCGUAGCGUGUAUAAGAGUGAUCAUGCUGUUAUUACUCCUGAAAGUCAUGUCUUCAGCCCCCUACCUGACUG